AAAUCUACUGCACGUGUGGAUAAGGUGCGCAGUUGGAUGCGCUUUUCUCGUAUCAUUCCAAGCCAAUCCAGCGACUCAAUCACUGCAAGCACCUUCAUCACUCGUUGCAGAUUCCCUUCUUUUGUACCCAGGAUACGACACCGCUCUUUUGUCCAGCACAUCCUAUAAAAUAUACGAUUGGAAUGAGACAUACGAUCACAGUAAUUUACUAAAAAAAUGACCACUCCUUUACGUUCUCCGUAUACCGCUGCCCGUUCGAGGAGGCCUCACAGACCGCUCCCUGCUCUGCCUACUGCUAAAGGAACGAAAGGAGAGCUUGUACGACCUUCUUAUCUUGUUAAAGACGACUUAUGCAAGCCUUUCAAACUCUUGGAGUCGCAUCCUUUAAGCUUAAUUUGUCAAUAUCACAAUGUAAAGCGCGUGUCACUCGAAGAAGGUGUUCCUCCUCCAUCCAAACUCGAUGUGCCUAUUAUUCAUAGCGCUACUAACGAUCCUAAUGCAUUUCUACCGACCCACGUCCUUGCCGUCUACGACCAGGACCUCUCGUCCGAACGAAACGAGAGCAAUCCAACUCUUUCACGAUGUUCAGCAGGCGCACCCGCGGGCCUUCCUUUGCUUCCGGCUACUCCCCUUAUGGUCCCAGUGAAUGCAGAGCUGUGGUCGCUCUGCUUCUCCUCUACAAUAUCACCGGAAACAAUCCCGUCAACUAUGUCAUCCCCGUCUCUUCCCGAAAUUGAUGCUGCGCGUCGACACUCUCGGACGGAAUCAUUAGUGUCGAGUUCUUCUCAAUCAAGUAACAGAAGCUCUCUAACGCAAAUGCGACCGCGUUCCGUUCUUUCAUUACCUGUGUAUGUCGUGCGAGUACCAUCGGCACAGGCCCUUCCGUUGUUGUUACUUGCCAGUCUGAGAAUUCUUCCCAAGGAUCACGUACUGACCGCUCUGCUUCCUAGAACGGUCCUUGCAGAACUUCCUUCACCUCCUGCAAUCCUCGCGCAACACCUUCUGAAUUGGUUGUACCCCAUUCAAGAAGGACGAGAAAGGAGCCUUAACGAUGUCAUAGCCCACACUCCGUUUUCCGAACCGAUUCUAAUGCCUCGGAGUCCAUUACGCACGUGGAGUUCCCGCCUUCCGCCUUCGCCGUCACUCUCACCUGCGCUCAACACACGUACUGACAACGUGAAACGGCUAUCAUCAAUUUCAGCGUCCUCAGUGACAUCAACGAACUCGAGCGCGGCCUCAUCGUUUCCGUCCUCUAUGUCGCUCAUCUCUCCGUCAUCAAGUGAUCUAAUCACACCUGAACCAACAUGUGCCUUAAUAGAUCCAACUACAACAGACGAUCCAGAUCUCCGCCUCCUUGCACUUGCGCAGCAGAACUUCGGGGUUUGGGCUGACGCACUUGCACUAGGUGUUCGUGACGCCAAUGUCGUCAAGCUUGUCGACCUUGCGCGGUCUGUUGCUUCCGAGGCACGUCGGCCUUCAAGCACGAAGCCGGAAUCGGACGCCUAUACCAUCCUUUGGAGACACGUAGAUGAGACUUACUUUACUGCUGGAACCAACAAUGACCCAGCAGAGGUGGAAGAAGGUUGCCUGUUACAUCGGAACGAAAUCCGUCCAUCCAAAGCAGCCUCCACUCUGGAAAGUCUUUCCUCAAGCAUGGAACCUUUUAAUGACGCCUCAACGCUCCCUCCAGGAGCCCAAGCUAAUUCGAUAAAAAGAACUGCACUUCUUUCAUUUUAUUUUAUUCUCUUUACCCGCUAAUGGUCCACUUGCACUUGCCUUCGGCUCACGACUUCUUUCUCCUAUCGUUAUUUCCUGCGGGUCAUUCUUCCACUUGUCUAUGUUGGAAGUUUAUAGCCUUUGUCCAUGUACAUCUAACUGAACAUCGCUACCGCUACUCACGUCUCUCAGUCUUACUUUUCCUCUGCGCUCAUCGAUAGCUUCCCUUCUUUAAUAUUCAUCACAGAUUUCCUCCAUACCUAGCACUCAUUUUGGCCAACAUCGUCGCAUACACUACACCAAGACGUUUAUAAUUUAUAAUUUAGCUUCGUAGAAUACAUAUGCUACGCCAAAUUACUCCUAAUUGUCUACAGCUCUGCCUAUGUCGUACUUCCAUUACUGCUUUUCAUCAUAUAAAUAAACAUGCUAAGUCCCAUCCCC